CUUGCUUGUAUUUGGUUCAUUCAAUUUUAAACGUCGGUACUUUAGGUUUGCGUGCUCUCGUGGUGGAGUUUGAAGAGAUUUGUUCCAGCCCAAUUUGACGAAAUCAUAUUGGGGGAAUAUAUUUCACUUUCUAUAUUACUGACUGAUCGGUUGAGUGCGGAGAAUAAUUCAUAAAUAUUUACGAGAAACGCUUUAAAUACAAUAAACAAUUAAAUCAUGGGAAUUAAAUUCCUCGAAGUCAUAAAGCCCUUCUGCAGUAUACUGCCAGAAAUUGCCAAACCUGAACGCAAGAUCCAAUUCAGAGAGAAAGUGCUAUGGACCGCCAUAACGCUCUUCAUCUUCUUGGUAUGCUGUCAAAUCCCUCUCUUCGGUAUCAUGAGUUCCGACUCCGCUGAUCCUUUCUAUUGGAUUCGUGUGAUUUUGGCCUCAAAUCGUGGUACCCUCAUGGAAUUGGGUAUUUCUCCCAUUGUUACAUCUGGCUUGAUUAUGCAAUUGUUGGCUGGUGCCAAAAUCAUCGAAGUUGGUGACACUCCCAAGGAUCGUGCUUUGUUCAAUGGCGCCCAAAAACUCUUUGGUAUGGUCAUUACCAUUGGUCAAGCCAUUGUUUAUGUGAUGACUGGCAUGUAUGGCGAUCCAUCUGAAAUUGGUGCCGGUGUCUGCUUGUUGAUCAUCAUUCAAUUGUUUGCCGCCGGUUUGAUUGUCUUGUUGUUGGAUGAACUGUUACAGAAGGGUUAUGGUUUGGGAUCCGGUAUUUCUCUCUUCAUUGCCACCAACAUUUGCGAGACAAUUGUGUGGAAGGCUUUCUCUCCCACCACUGUUACAACUGGACGUGGUACUGAAUUCGAAGGAGCUGUCAUUGCCUUGUUCCACUUAAUGGCCACCCGCAACGAUAAGGUACGUGCCUUGCGUGAAGCCUUCUACCGUCAAAACUUGCCCAACUUGAUGAACUUGUUGGCCACCGUUCUCGUUUUCGCCGUUGUCAUCUACUUCCAAGGUUUCCGUGUCGAUUUGCCCAUCAAGUCGGCCCGUUAUCGCGGUCAAUACAGCAGCUAUCCCAUCAAACUGUUCUACACCUCCAACAUUCCCAUCAUCUUGCAAUCCGCCCUCGUAUCCAACUUGUAUGUCAUCUCGCAAAUGUUGGCUGUUAAGUUCCAAGGAAACUUCUUCAUCAACCUGCUCGGCGUUUGGGCUGAUGUUGGUGGUGGCGGCCCAGCUCGCUCCUACCCCAUUGGCGGUCUUUGCUACUAUUUAUCGCCACCCGAAAGUGUUGGUCACAUCUUAACCGAUCCCAUUCAUGCCAUUCUUUACAUUGUCUUCAUGUUGGGCUCUUGCGCUUUCUUCUCAAAGACAUGGAUUGAUGUAUCUGGAAGCUCUGCCAAGGAUGUUGCUAAACAAUUGAAAGAACAACACAUGGUUAUGCGUGGCCAUCGUGAAAAUUCUAUGAUCCAUGAAUUGAACCGUUAUAUUCCCACAGCUGCUGCCUUCGGUGGUUUGUGCAUUGGCGCUCUGUCUGUUUUGGCCGAUUUCUUGGGUGCCAUCGGAUCUGGUACCGGUAUCCUGUUGGCUGUCACCAUCAUCUAUCAGUACUUCGAAAUCUUCGUUAAGGAACAAUCCGAAAUGGGUGGUAUGGGCACGCUGCUGUUCUAAGCAUAUCCAAAAAUACAGCUUAAAGCAAAGUGUGUUUAUGUUGUAUGUUUAGAUUCAUAAGCAACUAUCCGAAACAUUUUACGCUUCGGAUUUUUAUAAUAAUUCUCUGUAAUUUACUUACUUACCCAUUACAACAACAAAAAAGUGAGGCGCAGAGGUGCGGGGAGUGAAUCAAACGAAAAAUGUUAGCCAAGUAUUUCUAAAUUUUCUUAGAGAUUUUUUAAAGAUGAGAUUCCUAGAUAUUCUUUUCACACCGACCGACCUCUGUAGUGAGAGAGUUGUUUUUAAGCUUUUUGUGUUUUGGUAAAACCUCAAAACAUGUUUGUUGUUUCCUUCUGAAAUUCCACUAAUUUAUUUGAGAACGUCAUUUCAUUGAAAGCGAUAAUAUGCCUCCAUCUACGCAUGAAAAUAUAUCAUUGAAUUUAAGUUUUUUUUGUAUCGAUUAAGUAAGAUUUACAAAAAAUAAAAACCCAACAAAGCUGUUGAUACUUUUUUACUACAGUACAAGACAAACAAUUUUUGGUUUCCUUUUUUAAGUUGGCAGUUGGGGUGGGUGUGAAAAGAUAUCAAACCAAAAAAACGUCCAUUGUAAUAUCUCUAAAACUUUCUAUUGACUAACAUUUUUCUGUAGAUCAUCCACUGAACUUAUCUGCGCCGUUAUUUUGUUAAUUCAUAGCAAAAAGAACUCGUACGAAAUAUGUAAUGAACACCUUUACGAAGCAAAGAAACAAUUAAAAAUCCACCUUUAGUAAUAGUUAUUUUUAUAAAAUAUUAAAAAUAAGAAGUCGACGUCAUCCUCUUUCCUUCCAUUAAUAAAGUCCUGAAAAAUCACUAAAACUUUCCUCGGGUUUUAUGUGCUAAACAAUUUAAAUAAUAUUUCGAGAUAAGAUAAGACAUUUAUCGCUUCGGCUACUGAAUCUAUAGCCUAUUUUAAAGUGUUUUUUUUUUUUGUCAUUCUUAUAAUAGUGUUUCUAAAACUGCUGUCGUUUCUUACUGCUAAAGACUGCUUCUACAUUUCUUUUUAUCCUUUUCAUUUUAAAACAGAAGAAAUCUGCAGUAAUUUUAGAAAUGCUAUUAAAAUCUUUUAUUUUCUUUUUAUUAAAUACGAUACAAUGAUUGUGAAAUUAUUAAAGAUAAUAAUGAAGUAAAUAGGUUCAAUAUUGAUUGUAAUAAGAAUUAAAAUACAAAAGAAAAUAAUUCAAAGAAA